GGGGGGGGGGGGCUUAGUUUUCUCUCUGGCUGUUUGCUGAAAUUCUUGGCUGUUAAAAGUUUGGAGAGGGAGGGACACGAGUAGUUUUCACUUGGUCGGAAAGAGGAGAGUCUGCAAGAGGACGCUCUAGGAUGGGUUCCUAGCGAUCAGGCAGGGACGGUCGGGGACGGUCCCCGCGGGACACGAGUGAAGAGAAGCAGCAGUCAGGUUGUUCCAAGAUCUUUGAAGACCCAGGAAAAAGCCGUGUUGAUCAAAAGCAAGACAAAUGACUCACAGAGAGAAAAGAUGGGGGAGCCAAGGGCAAUUAAAGCUGCCUCAGGUUCUGAACAGAUGGUAACCGUGCUAGCCUCCUGAAGGACAUGAUUCAGACUGUCCCAGACCCGGCAGCUCAUAUCAAGGAAGCGUUAUCUGUCGUGAGUGAGGACCAGUCAUUGUUUGAGUGUGCGUACGGCACGCCGCACCUGGCCAAGACGGACAUGACCGCGUCCUCCUCCAGCGACUAUGGACAGACAUCCAAGAUGAGCCCGCGUGUCCCUCAGCAGGACUGGCUGUCGCAACCCCCAGCCAGGGUCACCAUCAAGAUGGAAUGUAACCCUAACCAGGUGAAUGGCUCAAGGAACUCCCCCGAUGAAUGCAGCAUGGCCAAAGGAGGGAAGAUGGUGGGUAGCACGGACACAGUCGGGAUGAAUUACAGCGGCUACAUGGAGGAGAAGCACAUGCCGCCCCCAAACAUGACCACGAACGAGCGACGGGUUAUCGUCCCAGCAGAUCCUAUGCUAUGGAGUACGGACCAUGUCCGGCAGUGGCUGGAGUGGGCAGUGAAAGAAUAUGGCCUUCCGGACGUCGACAUCUUAUUGUUCCAGAAUAUUGACGGGAAGGAGCUGUGCAAGAUGACCAAAGACGACUUUCAGAGGCUCACCCCGAGCUACAACGCUGACAUCCUUCUGUCGCAUCUCCACUACCUCAGAGAGACACCUCUUCCACAUUUGACUUCAGAUGAUGUUGAUAAAGCCUUACAAAACUCUCCACGGUUAAUGCAUGCUAGAAACACAGGGGGUGCAGCUUUUAUUUUCCCAAAUACUUCAGUAUAUCCUGAAGCUACGCAAAGAAUUACAACUAGGCCAGAUUUACCUUACGAACCACCCAGGAGAUCAGCCUGGACCAGUCACGGCCACCCCACCCCCCAGUCGAAAGCUGCUCAGCCACCUUCUUCCACAGUGCCCAAAACUGAAGACCAGCGUCCGCAGCUAGAUCCUUAUCAAAUUCUUGGACCCACCAGUAGCCGCCUUGCAAAUCCAGGGAGCGGGCAGAUCCAGCUGUGGCAGUUUCUCCUGGAGCUCCUGUCAGACAGCUCGAACUCCAACUGCAUCACCUGGGAAGGCACCAACGGGGAGUUCAAGAUGACAGAUCCGGAUGAGGUGGCCCGGCGCUGGGGCGAACGGAAAAGCAAACCCAAUAUGAACUAUGAUAAACUCAGCCGGGCCCUCCGUUACUACUAUGAUAAAAACAUCAUGACCAAAGUCCACGGGAAGCGCUACGCCUACAAGUUUGACUUCCACGGGAUCGCCCAGGCCCUGCAGCCCCACCCUCCAGAGUCCUCCCUGUACAAGUACCCCUCGGACCUCCCUUACAUGGGCUCCUAUCACACCCACCCGCAGAAGAUGAACUUUGUGGCCCCCCACCCUCCAGCCCUCCCAGUGACAUCGUCCAGUUUUUUUGCUGCCCCAAACCCAUACUGGAAUUCACCAACAGGAGGGAUCUACCCUAACACUAGGCUCCCAGCCAGCCACAUGCCUUCGCAUCUGGGCACUUACUACUAAAGACCCGAGAGAGGCCUUUCCCAGCAACGUGCAACCGCCAACCAAUUGCCACAAGCUCUAUCGGAGACCAUGAUUCAGAAGUGCCUCAAGAGGAACGCAAAAGCUUGACUGGGGCUGAGGGGGAGGAAGCGGGGGAAGAGAUCCAGAGACUCUCGGUGGGAGGGAAUUACUAAACUAUUACUACAGAGAUAAAGAGGAUGCUACACAUGUCAUGUACAUGGACAGAUCAUCUGUGGACCAACCUUGUAAAAGGCAUUGUAAGUAGAAGCAUGAAGUCAUAGGGACAAAGUGCCAAAGAAAAUGUUUGGAAGAAGUGUAUAAACCUUAGAGUAGCCCUUGGGGUCCUGCUCAUGCAUUAAACUGGGAUGAAACUCAAGCAAUAGAGGGAACACAGUCUGGACCUAACAUGCCAUUUCUAAUGUCAUUUGAAGGAAAAAAAAAAAAAAAAAAACUACCUGUAUUUAAAAAGAGAAACAUAUCAACACAGGAAAAAAAAAAAAAGGAAAGAAAAGAGACCGCGGCCCAUCACUAAACAUUGAUAGGGAACUCAUCAGUACUUGCAGCUUUGGGCGAAAUCCGAUUCAUUCCAUUCGAUGGAGAGCGGUCAGCUCCCGCCAACUGUGAAGACAAGCCGGAGCUUCCAACUCCUUUACGACAUAGGACGGGAACGCUGAGCCGAACGGAGGGACAGAGAACGUGUCUGGAGGGCAAGCGAGCGGGUGCGGACAGACGAGGCGGCGGGGGAAGAAGCAGAAGAGGAGGCAAGGACUGGGGAAGAAGCUUCUCGAGCAGUAAAGACUGGACUUAGGACGGUGUCGGUUCUGCAGAGCAUUGAGUCAUGGAGACUUGAGGCUCCAUUCGGUCAGUGUCGUACCAAACCCAGCGUUACGAGGAAGGACACGGCGUCACGGAGGCAGGGCAAGUAGUAGAAUUCAGAAACAAAAUCAUGCAUCUCUCUUUUUGUUUGUUUAUCCAAAGAAAAAUUGUAACUGGAAUUGUCUGAUAUUUAAAAGAAACAUUCAGGACCUCAUCCUUAGGUGAGGGUCCUGCUCUCCACAGGGUCAGGUAAGAGCUAGCCUUCUGGGCUACCGCGAUCCGAGAUCACCUAGGCAUCGGGGCGAGGCGGGCUCCAGGUUUCCUUUUGAGUCGCGAACGCUGUGCGUUUGUCAGAAUGAAGUAUACAAGUCGAUGGGGUUUUUUUUUUUUUUCCUUUUUAUAUAAUAAUUAUAUAACUUAUGCAUUUAUACACUACGAGUUGAUCUCGGCCAGCCAAAGAUACACGACAAAAGGGACAAUCAAUGAUCUAAUGUGGCCUUGAACUUUAACUCUGUAUGCUUAAUGUUUACAAUAUGAAGUUAUUAGUUCUUAGAAUGCAGAAUGUAUGUAAUAAAAUAAGCUUGGCCUAGCAUGGCAAAUCAGA